CUAUUUGGCUACCUCUUACCCUCCCUCUUAUUACUUCCCAUCUCAUUCUCCUCCCCUGUCACCACCUCUGUCUCCUCACACCCCUUUCAUCACCUCUUCUCUCCCCUUAUAUCAGCAUCCCAAAUCUCAGCCUGUCUCCCACUUCAUCCAUCCAAAGGCUUCCCUAUCCCAUCCUUACACCCUUCCCUCUGCUCCAUCCCCUUUACUUGUCCUCCUCCCCCCUACCGUCCUAUCUCUCUACCUCUCUCCCUCCCCUGACCCAUCUCUCCUUGUCCCUCCAGUGCCCCCCUCUCCCCCUCCCCCUGUCCCGGCUCGGAGCUCCCCCAGCCUCACACAGCUCAGAGCCUGUAAUUACUUGGCCAUGCGGGGAGGGAGCGGGCUGCCCCAGCCGGUCCCGAGGCUUUUCCUGCCGCAGCUGCAGUACAGGGAUGUCUGCUUCUCACCGCUGCCCCCCCGGGCUGAUCCUGCUGCUCAUCCUCCACUGCCUGCAGCCCGGAGCUACCUCCAGCACUAAGGACAGCAGUGAGGUGUGGGAUGAAGAUGUGACUGAGUGGUGGGGUGAGUGGAGUUCCUGGUCCACCUGCUCUAGAACCUGUGGAGGGGGAGUGAUGUCCAGAGAAAGGCAUUGCCUACGUCAAAGGCUCCAGACAGUUCCAGGAAUGGAUAGCACUGUUUGUGGGGGACAGUCUAAACAAUAUCAUCUGUGUCAGAAACAGCUUUGUCCUGCUGGCUCUGCAAGCUUCAAACAGUAUCAGUGUUCUGCAUUUAAUGCUAAGGCGUUUGGGAAACUGUAUCACCGCUGGGUGCCACUGUAUCCAGAUGAUUACACCAGCAUCUCUAGCAAGCCGUGUGACCUUCAGUGCACCAGCACUAACAGGGAGAGACAGCUCCUGGUACCGGCCCAUGAUGGAACUAGCUGUAGAGACAGAACAUAUCAGGGAGUUUGUAUCAACGGCAAAUGUGAGCCAGUAGGAUGUGAUGGGAAGCUGCAUUCAGCCAGAUCAUUGGAUCGGUGCGGUGUUUGUGGUGGAGGUGGGGGCACGUGCUACAGGGUAUCAGGGAGCUUCAGAAACUGCGUAUUAGGUUAUGCUCUUAUCACAACAAUUCCAGUGGGUGCGUUUGACAUAUUGAUCACAGAAAAGAGAAAUACUGAAAAUAUUCUAGCUCUAGCAGACUCUGCCGGGAAUUUUUACAUUAAUGGGAACAUGAUGAUGGAUAAUCCCCAAAACUUCAGAGUCGCUGGGACGCUGGUCAAGUAUCGACGCCCACCAAAUGUGCAGAGUGAUGGACUGGAAUAUUUGACUACACCAGGGCCAACUAACCAGUCUCUCAGUGUCAUGUACUAUAACUUCAACGGAAAGAUACCCCACAUAACAUAUGAAUAUACAGUACCUCGUGCCCCAGAAGUGCCUCUGCCCUAUCUUUCCGAACCAGUACAACCUAUUCCUCCAGCUCCAAGUAACGUUCAAAGUGGGGUCCAGAGAGGACCUGACAGCAGUUUACCUGAUUCACCUGAUACCUGGAACUGGGGAAACGCUCAAGAAACAGUCAACUCACUUCUACAUCAAGAGAGGUCUAGUAAAGAACACUUGAUAGUAGAGGAAGACCAAACUGAGGGCCUCCAGCCCAGCACAGAUGCUCCUCAGGGAUUUCUGCAGAGUGAAUUAUGGAGACUGUGUGAUCAACAGAGUCACUCAGCUCUCUGCCAAUCUCUCUUCGGUGGCAGUCCUGGGGGUCCGACCCUAGCAGAGUCCACACACGAAGCAGAACAACUCAGAGACAGCCUAAUGCUGCCAGCUGUUUAUGAAGAUCUUGGAUCUAUUCCCGGGACACAGGCACUACAAGCACCCGGUUUCAGCAGUGAUUUAGUGUCAGGUCAGGACAUUAGCCGGGCGGACAUGUAUCGCUGGAAGGUCUCUGCCUAUUCCCCGUGCAGCUCCACCUGCAGCUCAGGAAUCAGUUCUACCUAUGCUUUGUGCAUCCGCUAUGAUGGGAGAGAAGUAGAUGAGUCUUACUGUGAUCCAAUGACGAGGCCAGAGCCAACUCAGGAAUUUUGUUCAGGGCGAGAGUGCAUGCCCAGAUGGGAGUCUAGUGGUUGGAGUGAAUGUUCACGAAGCUGUGGGCAAGGAGUCCAAGUUCGCUCAGUUCGGUGCUGGAAAAUGCUGGCCCCAGGGUUGGACAGUUCGGUGUACGAUGAACAGUGUGAGGGUGCCCAGCUCCCAAGACCUCCCCAGAGGAAAGUAUGCAAGAACAAACCUUGUGGACCCCAGUGGGAUACUGCCGAAUGGUCUGAGUGCUCUGCUGCCUGUGGAUCUGAGGGAAUGGUGAAGAGGGAAGUGAAAUGCUCUACAGAAUCUAGCCAUUGUGAUGAAAACAUAAAGCCUCCAGCUGAGAAGUCCUGUUUGGGACCACCUUGUGACCAUCACUGGACGACAGCUGAGUGGGGUCCAUGCAGUAAGAGCUGCAGUUCUGGACAUCAGGUUAGAGAAGUGGCAUGUUAUCUGGGAGAUUUGGUUAGCCAGGGAUGUGAUCAGUCUACCAAACCAGAAAGUAGACAGGCUUGUCAGCUACAGCCAUGCCCCACUGAGACCCCUGAUGAAAGCUGUGAAGACAAGGCAACUGCUAACUGUUCCCUGGUUUUGAAGGUGAAGCUGUGUUCACACUGGUAUUACCGGAAGGCCUGCUGCCGAGCCUGUGGGGGAAAAGCCUCCUGACUGUGGCUCCCUUUUCUUCUUUAUGUUUGUGAAUUCUGUACAUUUUGGAUUGUGCCUGGUGCUCCUAUUAAUAACCCUAUGAACACACUAUUGGGGGGCUUUAGAUGGUAGAUGAAGGUGUGUGACAGCGGUUAUUUUUACCUCUUCAUUGUAAUAUAAUUUUACAGUGCCUAGUGAUCAACCUGCUGUUCUGUUUAUGUGAAUGCGCCUGAGAUGCCUCUAUUGCAAGCUUAGGCAAUCUGUGUCUCCUGCUUCAGUAAUUGGAGCGCCACAGGUUACCCAUGCCUGCUUCUGUUAUAAUUAUCCCAACAGAGACAAUGGGGGGAAUGUACUGUAAUUGCCUGCAAGAAGCAGGAAGUGCGAGACUUUGUGCGUGUUCUCCGUUUUUGUUUUUUAAAGCAGAAAUCAUUUACACGGCAUCACCAACCUGUUCUUGCUGUUUAAAUAAUUGCAACUUUAAAAAACUUGCACAAAGUCUCGCACUUCCUGCUUCUCGCAGGCUAUUACAUUCCCCCCAAUGAGUCUGCAAACAGUGUUAUUGUGACAAAGUACAGUUUUUGUUUGUUAUAAAUAUAUAAAACUUUGGCAUUAUGUACUGGGGCAAGCACAGGGAGAUUGCGCUAAGGAGUUCCUUCCUGAUUCAAACCACAGCUUUGUAGCCCAAUUUCAUUUUCCCUCAUAUGGCUUUAAAAACUUGGCAUCCAUAAGGUUAACCUAUUAUUACAAACCGAAUCGGAAUAGAGUUUGCACCAGAUAUGGGGAGUUUGUGAACAAGAUCUUGCACCAGGUGGUAUAGUUACUGAACAGCGGGGUUUCAACACCAUCUUAUGAUGGCAGCUACAGUAUGUCUGCUGUGUUUAAAACGACAAUACAGGUUGAGUAUCCCUUAUCCAAAAUUCAAAAUCACACAUUUUUGG